UUCCCCACCAUCCAGUCAAAGCUGAAGAAGCUUCUUGGAUGAGAAGUGAAAUGUCUUCAAAGAAAAACAAGAAAGGUUUGAUUCAUUGCUUUCUGACACAUUGCAUAUAUUGAAUAUAUGUAUCAUUUAUUUCUGUACACUAUAUAAAGACUUGAAUGCCCUCUUUAUAAAUAGUUUUUGCUUUUCCCGAAGCAUUUGGGGUUUGUAUUGUUGGGGCAGGAGGGCAAAAGCCACCUGUCAACAAUGAUUCACUUUUCACCUGGUUUCUUCUCCGCUCUCAACUUGACAACAAUCGGAAGGGGGGGGGGGUUGAAUCGCAUGCGGUGGGAGUUGUUGAAAAAUUCCUUGAGAUCAAAAUGGUGGUGCAGGAGACACCCAGGAAUGCCAAUAAAAUUGCUUCUGCUCCUUCCCAUUUGCAACCCGCCACCACACUCACUUCUUAGCUAAACUAUGGAGUUGUUAUAACAAUUGUCCAUCUGCAAUUAGAAAUUUUCUGCUUCUUUGGGGAGCCAUAGAAAAUUUCUUGAAGUCAGACCUGUGGCUGAUUUAACCCAGUUUUGCUGGCGAUGGAUUGGAUUUCUGGCAAUCAAGAUCCAAGUUGGCGGGAAAGGCACCAGAAGCCUGGCAGAAGCUGCUCAAUCAACAGAUGGAAGGCAAGGAAAAGGAGGCCUCCUUGCCUGGCAACCUCUGUGUCCAGCCUCUCAGUCUGGCUGCUCAUGGCAAAUGGGGAACAUUCUCUCUGCCAGUGAUGAAGAAGAGCAGAAUUCUGGUGCCAUGGCAACUGUGUUCUUAACAGGGCUAUCAACAUAGCACUAAAUCAGCACAGAGCCCUAGCAGAAGAUCAGUUCUGCAACCCUGGACAUUGCAGAAUGAAAGAGACAUCACAUUUCUGUCUCAAACAAAGAACGGGAGAAACUCAGCAAUCACAAGACGGAGUGAGAAAUUCAUUGGGCCAGCAUAUUGGAGUCCUGCUUCUCUCUGUGUUCACCCUGCCUUCUUCUGGAGCUGCUGCAGGUUGCGGCAGACAAGCCAGCUUAGUUCCCACAAACACGACCCAAGAGGUUGCUGCUGUUGGUGAAUUCCCUUGGAUGGUCUCACUGCAGGAUCAGGGCGGCCACGUUGCGCUGGGCUCCAUCCUAAGUCAAGACUGGAUCCUAAGCACAGCCUCCAGCUUCCACAGCAGAACCCAGCUCUCUGUUCUGGCUGGAGCUUCAGAUCCAAAAGGGCCUGGGGAAUCUCUUUUGCCCAUCCAGACCAUUGUCCUCCAUGAGGCCUUUGACGAGAUAACCCUGGUGCACAACAUCGCUCUGCUGAAGACAAGCACUCCGCUCCGUUUCAGCGUGACCGUGCAGCCCAUCUGCUUCCCCACCUCAGACUUCCCAAGGGCAGCACUGAAGAAAUGCUUUGUGGCCGGCUGGCUGGACCCUCCAGGAGGGGUUGGUCCUCUGCAGAAACUCCCAGUGGAAGAUGUGGACCCCUGUCCCUUGCACAGAACCAUCAGCACGGAGUGUUGCAGCCACCGGGAAGGGGACCAGAUGCCUGGAUGCCUGGGGUCAGCUGGCAACCCGGUCCUGUGUGAGGCAGAAGGCAGGCAGGUGCUGAAGGGCCUGCUGAGCAAAGGGGGCACCAGAUGCUACGGGCCCUUCGUCUACAGCCGACUCAUCUACUACAGUGACUGGAUCGUGGCCACCACGGCCAGAUGGAGGGCUCCAGCUUCCCCCUUUCCUGGCCAAAGGUAUCAGGCCUUUGGGGGCCCAGCAGAGGAACGGGAGGGGCUGCUGUUCGAACCCUUUUUGGAUCUGAGAGCCCUGAAUGUCUCCGAUGCCUCGGAAGACCCCCUCAGCCUGGAGCUUUCAGAGGAGCUGGAGGAGAGUGGCCUGGGCCCCCCCAAAGAGCCAAUCGAGGCACGAGUGAAGCUUCCACUCUACUACGACUACUAUGGGGGGGAGCUGCUCGCCAUGUCUUCAGCAAAGCCCGGUCAUCCGUGGCGGCUGCAGGGCCUCCUCUGCAUGGGCCUCCUGCUGCACCUCCUGGCUUCCUGAACCACUGGGCAACCAGACUGUUCCUGGGCCCCGAGAUCAGAUUUCUCUUGGGAGAUCCUUCUGCACAACUAAAGUUUAUCCAUAGAGUCUCCUUGCUCUAUGAGAAGUUGGGACAUCCUGAGAGGGAAGAACACAAAGCAUCAAAACCUGGGAAGCUUUAUGAGGGCCUGCAGGACAGAAAGUCCUGCGAUUUCUCUGCUUGAUGGUGUUGCCCUAGCUCUGACUGCGGAUCUGCCUUUCCACUUUUUCUCAGGCUCUGGCAGAGACUUUGAGGGCCUGUCUUUCUUUGGAAAAUGCAUCCCAUUAAGGCUUCAGCCCCCCCCCCCCCCAGUUCCCAAGAUGCUAAAUUUGAGCCCAGUACGCAGGGAGUCUGAAUAUAUUACCACUCCUUUUAUUCAUUACCAUAUUGCUGAGUGAUCUGAAUAUACUUCAUAGCUCUGUAGUCAACUAGUUCUAUCAUGAUCCAUUAAUAUCUUAAAAACAGAUCAAUUUACUAA